AUGGACUCAAACAGUAAUGACGACAGCAGCGUGUCUGUGCGAAGGGUCAGCAACCCGCAACUCGACAGUUUCCAGCCGUUGCAGCGCCCCAACUCAAGUCAGCAGUCCUCUCACGGCGACCAGCAACGGGUCAACGAUGAGACAACUGCCAUCUCGCAGCUCAAAGACGCCUUGAGCGGCCAUGAUGUCCUUGGCACACUCUUUGAGGCGGUCAGCCCCGCCAAUAUGAGAAAUGACUCAGCCUCCGCUCAGGUGGGCUAG